GUUAAUUAUUGUAAAAAUUGAAAUAUUUGAUUUUGUAAUCUAACUUAUAAUUGUAUUGACUUUUCUAAAAAUAAAAGAGAAAAAUUAUUUUGUAAAAUGUUCAAUCAUCGACGUGUAUUAAUUGAAGUGUUACACAUUGCAUAACCAAAAACCAAAGAAUUAAGUAGAAGAAUCAUGUUACGAACACCAAUAAACAAAAGAUUGAUCUGCAGUGCCUUUUUUCCAUUUAGUUCUUCCUCUGAACAUGAUUCUGAGAAAAAAUAUUCAUUACAAAUUAUUCGCAACACAGUCCAAAAGUACAGGUGUUAUUUUUAUGAUGAGGAUGGAAAUCGAACCAAAGAGCUACAAUCAGUAUUCAAUACAACAACUGCAGGUGUUGCAACAGGAUUUAUUUUGGGUGCAUUAUCUACAGUAACGCAUACAAUAGAGACUUUCAAGAAAGAAAAUCAAGCCACCCUGUUUAAAGAUAAAUUUGAACCCAAAAAGCUACUGCAACAGAAAAUAAGUAUGAACAUGUUAAAAGGAGGGAUACCAUUUGGAGCAAAACUUGGAAUGUUUUGUUUCUUAUUCUCGAGUAUGUCAACAUUCUUAUAUGUAUACAAAGGAAAGUUUGAUAUAAUGAAUCAUACCAUUAGUGGUGCUAUAACAGGUUUCAUAUAUAAAGUAAAUAUGGGCUUGAAGGGAGUAAUUGCAGGUUCUGUCCUUGGAACUAUAUUAGGUACUAUUUCUGGCUUUAUGUCAGUAAUCAUAUUAUACAUAAGCGGAUGUGAGAUGGAAGAUAUGUACACAGCAGGCAACAGAUUCAUGGUUGCAAGACGACAGAAAAUAAAAGAAGGUUCCGAGGCAUUGUUGCAAGAGGAACACAAGAAACUACUUAAGCAGAUACAGAAGUAAAUUAAAUAUAUUCAACAGA